AUGUAUGAGCCUAAAUUUUUGGAUCUUCCUGAUGUUGGCAACUAUGGACUUCAAUCAACAGUUAAUGACGGUUGCAUUACUACCAAGGAGCUUGGGACUGUAAUGCGAUCACUUGGCCAGAAUCCUACCGAGGAACUUCAUCAAGAUAUGAUUAAUGAAGUUGAUGCCGAUGGAAAUGGGACCAUUGAUUUUCCCGAAUUCCUUAACUUGAUGGAAAUGAAGAUGAAGGAUACUGAUUCUGAGGAGGAGCUCUACAAUCAUAAUCAAAGUUAUGAUGGUCAAGUUGCUCGCAUCUCUACCAUGGUUGAGCCUCAAAUCACUGCUGCUGCAGCUGAAGCUGCAGUUGUGAUGCUUUCCGAUGAAAUGUCAUGUCCAAGGGAAAUAUUUGAUGGUGAUCAGAUUGAUUUAACUAAUGGGUCAUUAUCCCCUACUUUAAGUUUGUUCAAAAGUUAA